AUGUCAUCAGUUUCAAUCGAUAUUCCAACUCUACAAAUUAAUGGAAAUGAUUUACAAAAUUUUGUUCGUUUUAUUUACAAACAUGAAAAACUUUUAAAAGAAUUUGGCGCAAUUAAAGUUCAACCAAAUAUUGAUUGUAAAUUAGCUUUAAAGAAACGACCAAAAACUCUUACAUUAAAUCCAAUCAUGAAAAAAAUUGUCAAAAUCAAUGAAAAUGUUAAUAUUUAUUCUAGUCAAACAAUUAAUCAUAUCAAUGAAUCUACUCAAAAACAUUUAAUGGUAACAAAUGAAUAUAGUUUUUGGUCAUCGUUAUCUGCGUCAAACAAAGAACAACGAGAUUUAAAUAUCUCACUUUCAUCUAACACGAGUUUCUUCAUUGAAAAAACAUCUUCUGUAUAUUUUGAUCUUCAUCGUAUACCUUAUCAAUCACUUCUUAAAUUAGGUGGAAAAAAACUAACAAAUCAAUUUGUUCCAUGUGUGAAAAGAGCACAUGGACCGGGUGCCAUUUUUCCGUUGAUCUCUGCUCGACAACGCCUCUUUUCCAUUGAUUAUCAUCAUGAAGGUGGUGAUCAUCACUGGUAUAUAAUUCCAUCUGAUCAACGAGAAGCUUUACAAAAUUUAGUUGAUCAACAAAAUCCAUCUCUUUGUCUUGAUCAUGGACAAUUAUUUAUUGAUCCUUCGAUAUUGGAUAAAAAUUACAUUCGUUACCAUCGAAUCAUCCAACAUGCGAACGAAUUCAUAGUUUUAUCUGCUGGAGCUUUAGCGCAAAGUUACACGGAAGAUAUCAGCUGGAGUGAAUCAAUCAGUUUUGCUUUGCCUAGUUGGAUCGAAGAGGGUCAUGCAGAUAUUCCUAUUAUACCAUGUCGAUACCAUAUAGAACAAAAUUGUUCAGUCGAUUCAAUUGAUGUUGCUUUAUUUAGGCAAGAAUUAAUACAAAAAUACGUUACUUCAUAUCUUAAGACUGCACCCAACGAUGAACCACCUGUUUUUAUAGGUUUAUUAUUCUUUUAA